CUCAGAGGUCGUCAGGCUGGCUGUGAGCUGGCAGGCACAGAGAGUGUGGCCCCGCCCUGUGUCCCUCUGUGUAACCAGCAGCCCCGCCAGGGGUGACUUGAAGACCAGGGCUGAUGAGAGGGUGGCGGGGCAGAGGGGCAGUGCGCCUGCUGCAGGUGGCCCUGCUGCUGUCCUGGGCAUGCGGCUCCCUGACACUAUCAUGUGGCCGAAGAAUCAAUAGGAAAACUAAGGAGAUAGAGAUUUCUGGAAUCAUAGGCGGGGAGGCUACAGACAUUACAGAAUUUCCAUGGCAGGUAAGAAUUCUUCGCAAUCACAGCCAUCUCUGCGGAGGAUCUGUGCUCAGUGAGUGGUGGAUUCUCACCGCAUCUCACUGCUUCUACGGAAAAGAUAAAAAUUACAGCCUGGUGAUCACACACAGUGUGACCAACUUCAGCAUCACGAACUUCACCGAGGUGAAAGUGGACAAGCUCAUCACUCACCCUCACUAUGACAGCUGGCUUCUGGAUAACGACAUAGCUUUGCUCUUGCUCAAGUCCCCGUUACCUCUGGGCGCCACCGCCUUCCCCAUCUGCGUUUCAGAGGUCACCGACAUACACAAGUGGACGGACUGCUGGGCAACAGGAUGGGGCGUCACUAGUGUAAAUCCUGUGUCAGGUUUGUCUCCAGUCCUUCAGAAAGUCAACCUCGAGCUGGUCACAUGGAAGACGUGCUUAAAUACUUUGUCCCUUAUCACCAAGAACAUGCUGUGUGCUGGGAGUGCUCAAGGUGGAAAGGACUCCUGCCAGGGUGACAGCGGGGGGCCUCUUGUUUGCCAGAAAAAGAAGAAGAAAAACAUAUGGUACCAGCUGGGCAUUAUCAGCUGGGGAGUGGGCUGUGGCCGGAAGAACUUGCCUGGAGUGUACACGAAAGUGGCAAAUUAUCUGCUUUGGAUUGAGAGGGAGACGAUGCUGGCAGGGAAGCCGUAUGGGUACCAGAGAGACUCGGGGUCCAGCGUGUUUCUCUCCCCUGGGGCUGCCUUGUUACUAUGUUUCUACUUUCUUUAAGAUUAAAUACUGUAUUGUCUUAAGA